GAAGAAUUCCAAGAAAGCCACCUCCUUUUCUUUUUUUUUUGAUUUUAUUUUUCAGUCAAAAACUCAAAUCAACCAAACUCCGUGAAUAUAUAAAAACCAGGCCCCAUUUUAUUCAUUUUCCAGAAAUUCCUACAAAAAUCUCAUCUCAAUAAUUCGUCAUCCUUUUAAAUAAAGUAACCCCCUUUUUCAUUGGAAGUUUGUACAAUUCAUUUCCAGAAAGUGCUGAAUUUAAAAGCUUUAAUCAGGAAGAUAAAUGAGUGAUCAUCAUGUUGUGUGUGUGGACCGUCUGAUUACACCGGACACCUUGCAAUCGGCGAAAGGGACUGAGGUUCCAGAAUCAUCUGGUGAUAAUCAUAAUCAUGUUGCUGAAUCUUCAAAUUCAGUUGAACAUAAUGAGCUGGGAGAAGAUAGUGUGCCUGAUGAAGAGCAACCACUCAUUCAGGGUAAUGAGUGCAGGAUUUGUCAAGAGGAGGAUAGUGUAAAGAACUUGGAGGUCCCUUGCUCUUGCAGUGGUAGCUUGAAGUAUGCUCAUAGGAAAUGCGUUCAAAGGUGGUGCAAUGAGAAAGGAGACAUUAUAUGUGAGAUCUGUCAUCAGCCUUAUCAACCAGGUUAUACUGCACCGCCGCCUCCACCUGCUGAUGACACUGCUAUAGACAUCAGUGCUCAAUGGACAGUGUCUGGUGCACCAUUAGACUUGAAUGACCCGCGACUUUUGGCGAUGGCAGCUGCUGAAAGACGUCUACUGGAAGCUGAGUAUGAUGAGUAUGCUGAUACAAAUGCCAAUGGAGCAGCAUUUUGCCGCUCUGCUGCCCUCAUUUUGAUGGCUCUGUUACUCUUGAGGCAUGCUCUUUAUGUGACAAGUCCUGAUGGCGAGGAUGAUGAUGUUUCCACUUUCUUUUCUCUUUUCUUGCUUCGAGCUGCUGGUUUUCUUCUUCCAUGCUACAUAAUGGCUUGGGCUAUUAGUAUAUUGCAACGACGAAGGCAAAGACAGGAAGCAGCAGCAUUGGCAGCAGGUGAAGUUGCAUAUGUGAUACAGGCAGGACAGCAUGGAGGCAUGCAUUUCACCAUAGCUCCCGGACCUGCAGUUACUCAUCAGCCUGAGCAACAGCAAUAACGUCAUAGUAUCUGAGUUUCUGCUUAGAGCUGUUGGUUUAUCAAAUUUGCCAAAUAUUUUUUGGCGUGAAACUGCCCGCUUAUGUUGUAACCUUUUCUCAGUAUAACUUCAUAUUACUAAAGAAAUACCGAUGUUAGGGUCUAAACUCCGUAGACACAGCUCCCAUUUGCUUGUACAUAUAAACCAUUAUCGUUUCAGUGUAAUAUGUCAUUUGUAGCACUUGAGAAGUCCGUUAUAAGCAACAAAUUAUCAGUGUCUUUUGACA